CAUCUUACGAAAACAGCACGCCUAGGCCUGGCCUUCAAUAUGCCAUUCACCGUCCUUUGUGAAACCAAUUAAACAUUAUAUAUCACCCUACCAACAAGAUUACAGCAAACACUUUACAACAUUUCUCAGUUUCCACAAUGACUCUUGAAGAGCCUGAGCCUGAGCCUAACCCCACCUCGGAUUACACUUUGGAUUGGAUGGAAGGUUCGUUAUCGUACCUUCCAUCGUUCUUCGAAGAUCCUUAUAGCUCUGGUGAUCCUUAUAGCUCUGGAGAUCUUAAUGAUGACUCUUGGUUGGAUAUUGGUCAGGACCUUGAUCAAGAAUUGCUCAACACUAGUCUUGCUUCUAUAAACUAUAACUCCACCUCUACGACCACUACCGCGACAAGCACUCCGCUCAUUCAUCCUGUUGUAUCCGGUCAGAAGAAGCGGAAAAUAAGUGAUGAACCGAAUCAGAAGCCGUCUCAGCCCAACAAAAGGAGUCAGAACCGGCCUAACAACGAGCCGGAUGAUGGAAACCAGACGGUUUUAGAUCAAGGGGUCCCGAAAAAGGGUGGCAACAGAAGAGGAAGUGGCAAAAUAGUUGGGAGUAACUGCAGUAACGGUAAUAACAAAGAAGGGAGAUGGGCAGAACAGCUGCUGAAUCCUUGUGCCAUAGCUAUCACCGCAGGAAAUCUGAACCGUGUUCAGCACCUGCUCUAUGUUCUUCAUGAGCUUGCCUCGAGCACCGGGGAUGCCAACCAUCGCCUCGCAUCACACGGCCUCCAAGCACUCACCCGCCAUCUAUCUCCGUCUCACACAUACUCUGCUUCGGCUACCACCAUGAAUUUCGCUUCUGCCAAGCCCAGGUUUUUUAAAGAAUCUUUGAUCAAUUUCAAUGAUAUCAACCCAUGGUUUACUAUUCCCAACAACAUUGCAAAUUCUUCAAUACUCCAAAUACUCUCUCAACAAAAUUCCUCAAGUAAUCUUCAUAUUGUUGAUAUUGGAGUCUCUCAUGGAGUUCAAUGGCCCAUACUUAUCGAUGGCCUCACUCGUCGACCAGGGGGGCCGCCUCCGUUGGUUCGACUCACCGUGAUUGCUCCGGUUGUCAGCAAUAAUCAAUCCUUGGACACUCCAUUUGCUGUUGGUCCACCGGAUUACAAUUUCAUACCACAACUCACUGCAUAUGCAAAAACAUUGAAUGUUAACUUGCAUAUCAAUAGAAUCGAGAACCAUUCUUUACAAAGUCUAAAUGCUCAAGUCCUUGGUUGUUCUUCUGAUGAAACGUUAAUCGUUUGUGCUCAAUUUAGAGUCCACCAGUUGAACCACAACAACCCGGAUGACAGAACAAAGUUCUUGAAAGUACUGAGGAGUUUGGAGCCUAAAGGGGUGAUACUAAGUGAAAACGAUAUGGACUGCAGCUGCAACAACUGUGGGAAUUUUGCAACCGGAUUUUCACGGCGAGUGGAAUAUAUGUGGAGGUUCUUGGACUCUACGAGUGCAGCAUAUAAAGGACGAGACAGCGAAGAAAGGAGGAUGAUUGAAGGAGAAACCGCAAAGGCAUUGUCAAAUGCCGGUGAGAUGAAUGACAGGAAAGAGAAGUGGUGCGAGAUAAUGAGGCGUGUAGGGUUCAGUGGAGAAGUUUUUGGAGAGGAUGCCGUUGAUGGAGCUCGAGUGCUGUUAAAGAAGUAUGAUAGUAACUGGGAAAUGAGAGUGGAAGAGAAGGAUCGAUGUGCAGGGCUCUGGUGGAAAGGACAACCAGUUUCAUUUUGCUCCUUGUGGACUAUUGAUAGGAAACUGAACCAAAAGUGAGCAGUUGAUUAAGAGUCUUGAAGAUGAGUGAGAAAAAAUGUAAUCUAGAUAGACAAAGUCAUGAGGGCAAUUUAUUCUCUAGUCUGCUUAGUUGGUUAGAAGGUUCUUUUAAAUACAUGGUAUGAAUAUCACCAUUAUUGUUCA